AUUUAUACAUGCCUUAGGCACUUACUUACCUGGUACGUAAUUUAUACCAAUUAUUUAUACUGUACAAUACCCGACAUAAAAACUUACGUACAAUACCGAACUCCCUCUUCCUAGGUAAACUUUAUAUCACGUAGUUAUCUGCUUAUUCUUGCCCCGCCUGACUGUAGGUACCAGCCCACGUUCUCCAAGUACCUAACUUACAUGUAGGAGCUGCCAACCAGGCCAGGUACUAGGUGCCACCUUCUAUGCGUUCUCCCUCUUCAUACCUACCUCCUAGGCACCAAGUAGGCUGAGGUUCUUCUAUCCAGCACUCCGAACAUACUUUUCCCCCUCCUCCUCGCCCACGUACUCUCUUCCCAUCCUCUUCCCCCCUCCACUACUACUUCUCAUUACAACUCCCUCAACGCAACGUACACAUAUUUAACAUUCAUAUUCCGUCAUCUUGGGUCACUCAUUUAACUCAUUUAAUAAAGAUAGUUCAUCCAUUAUCAAGCUUGCCUUUAUUAGGCUUGCAACCACCCCCCCCUUAUUAUAUUUCUGAAACUCGAGUGUCAUUUCGAUACUUUCGAGUUUCGAAGACGAUUGGUUCUCUAUCUAUUAGUGAACCUGAUAAAAAUGGCAACCGUCGACGUUAAUCGAGAUGAUAAUGAAGUUAUCAUCGUUACGCUAGUCUGUCGCCCUCACGGUUCUCUUGUCCCCGACAUUCCCAAACGCCAGUUCGUUCUUAGCAGGCAAAACCCUUCUAUCCGAAUCGGCCGGGCGUCGAAGGUUCCCACGAAGGGUUUUGUUGCAUCGAUCGAUAAUGCGUGGUUUGAUAGUCCUGUUAUGUCACGCAACCAUGCUGAACUUGUUCUCGACCUUGAUAGCAUUCCAAAAUCUGUACUCAUCAAAGAUAUCGGAUCACUCCACGGCACCUUCCAUAUUCCACACGACGGGAUUGGGAAAGAAAUGAGACUCGAACAACAACGGCCUGUUAGGCUAUCAGACGGCGACUGUCUUCGUUUUGGAACUGAUAUAUUUAGGACCAAGGAAACGUUUCCGCCAUGUUCUGUCGAGUUUUACAUGAUAGGAGAGGAACAUGAACCACCCAGUGAGGAUAUACCAACUACCAAUCAAUCUCCCAACCGAACAUUCACUAUUCCAGAUGAUGAUCUUGAUGAUGAAGACGAUGACGAUGACGACAGCGUGAUCGAGACGUGCAUGCCAACUUCUCAUAAGAACAACAUUCAACGUGGCAUGUCUAUUGAUCUUACCCAAGAUGAAGACGACUCUGAGGAAGAAAAGAAUUUCACCUCUAGCACCAUGGCCCGUAAUCAUCUCAGUUCAGAUAUCAUUGAUCUUACAUCUGAGCCUGAUAAGCACUCGGACCAUGAAACGCACGCCAUAAGUCCCCCCCAUUAUUCCACAUCCUCCACACACCCGAAUCCUCAGGAGGAAUAUCGUGCAAUGGCAGCCAGGAUAGCGGAUUUUGGCUAUUUGAGGCAAGCUUCCACAGACAAGUCCGAGAAGCCUACAGCUUUCUUUUUCGAUUCCGAUACGUCAUCUAAAGACAGCCACCAUUUCGCCCAGAGCGAUAAAGUGAGUAGCGAUAUUCAUUUGACGGAUUCCCAGGACGGUUCGGUUAUAAUCGGAGAAGAUGAUGAGAGUAGCGUCGGCGAAGAUUUGAACUAUAACUCGUCUACCGAUGCUGUUCAUGAUGUAGUACAAUCUGAGGGUUGGGAGGAUGAUAAUGAUAGUAUUCUGCUUUGCUCUGAGUCGGAUGACAACAGUUCAUCGUCUGGCGAUGAGAUGAUGGAUACUUUGUCAGACUCGAGCUCGGCGGCGCCCAGUUCAUCUCCCUCCUCGUCACCUAAUCCCCCAGUGCCGAAUGCGUUACCCGGCACAGGCGUAUCUGCUGAAUCGCCUAAUGCCGAGCGUCUCCUUGUAACACCAUUCUUGUUCACUGCAUCUGCGCAGCAAGAUGCAUCUGCUGCUCAGCGCAGAGAACCAAGUCCAUCUGAUGCUGCGAUGUUCAAGAGCCAUCCUGUGCUUGACCGGACAACGAGCAUUUCUAGAGCGCAUGCUCUAGGCGAAAAAUCGGGCAAGCAUGCAUUUUUCGCAGCUAGAGAGAGUAAUCGGGCGAAUCGUUUUGACUGGCUGUCUCCGCCGCCUGUGUCUGCUAUCCGAGAAACCUUGAGCGCUGACGCUGAUCAGCAUCCUCACGUUCUGGAAUUUAACCACGGUCCCCACACAGCUUUGCCGACGUUUCGAAUAGAAGAUGGCCAGAAUGUGUCAACGGAAAGGGCUGCAGACACUGACAAUGCGCUCGACGCUAAGUCCCAUUGUCCCACGACUAUCUUGGGAGAAGAACUAGCGGACUCCAAUUGGCAGCCGUGGUCAAUAUCCGGAGAGAGAUUUAUUAAUCACCCUCGAAAUGAAGAACUCCCAUGUUCGUAUCUGGAUCGUCCCCAAAGCCCUGAACUUGACAUGACCAGCGCGUAUACGUUUCAGCUAAGCAAGAUGGCGAGCGAGAGUAGCUCAAGCCUUGCAAGUAAACCUAGGCGCGUUGAGAUUCAGGAUUUACUUUCACAGGAGCCAAAUGCCGUCAAGAAUGAUAAUCAUUGCGAACCCAUAGCUUCGUUAGCUCCAACUGCCCCCAGCGCUACAUCCUCCGCCCCACUGCCACCCAUAGAAGCUGUAUCGGAACCUCAGACGAAGCGUUCCUUUGAUGACGCUUUCGGUGACGAUGUGGAUGUGCUUGGUUCAAAUGAAGGAUAUACUCAUCAAGAGGAUGAAGAAUCUAAGUUUGGAUCAUCGAGCAAGCAAACCCAAGAUACGGCAGCGGCCAACAUGGAGUCAAAUGAUAAUGCUGUCGCUACGGUCCCUAGAGAAGGUGGUAAUGAAGUUCAGCCCGAAACUGUUCCAGCGCGACGAGACAACGUUCAGCCAUCCAAGCGACGACGCUUUGCCCAGGCAGCGGCCUAUGUUGCUCUUGGUGGUGCAGCUGCGUUCACUUAUAUGGUUUCUACCGCGCCGGUCCUUUAGCGGUGUCAAACAAUUGAGAUGCAUAGUAGAGCACGUUUCUCAGGUUAUGUACUUGCAUGGGCAGUGCCUCGCCAGGUUCAAUUUGCAGCUUAGAGCUGUAAGUGCUUUCCUCAGAAUAUGUUGUAUGUUGUCAAGGCGUAGGCAAGCCCGGAAGCGGCGUUGUGGUCCUUUGUUCAGAUGGAUAGGUCUCGUUUAUUUCGCUGCAUUUGUAUGGUUAUGGCGAGGGGUGUAUCAGGAGACGUCAUUAUCGAGGAAAGUUGAAUCGAAUGGCACAUUGGGCUUCCUUAGUUACCUGGAUGGGCUAUGACUUAGCUUGGCGUUAUUUUUCUAUUUAGGUAUUUCGGUGGAUUCUCGCUAAACGCUAGCAUGUGUAGAUUACCACCGUACGCCCUGGUUCCGAUAGGUAAUUCGUCUUUGAUAUUUAUGAACCGAUGGUAAAAGGCUAGGUACUCUUCUUUGACACAUACUCGAUAUGGCUGUCUUCCUAGUAGUAAUAAUGAUGUAAGUCUUCAACAAAAUGUGUAUGGUCAUGCACCUAUAUCGAAGAUACUUCAUAUCUUUUUAAGUUCCUUCCGCCUAUGGGGCUAUUGUGUAUCGUCAAGACCGAGUCGUAUUGCGCAUCGUCCGUACAGAAAUACUUACCACCUAAUGUUAGCUGGACUUCCAUUUCAUAACGUACCUUGACUUGACUUUUUCAAAACCCCUUGUCGCUUUGUUUUCCAUUGAUGAG